GGUUCUGGGGCAACCUGUGGCCCAACCCUCCCAUUCGGGGGAAAGCCCAGUCAGUGUUGUCAUGUGAUACUAAUGAAUUCUCUCUCUCUUUCAGUCUGAUUGAAUUAGCAGCCCAGCAUGUGACUGAGGGUUGCAGGGAGUCCUGUUCUGCCUCCAGUUCUUCCAAGUAACAAAAUGUAACUUCCCCUGUGAGUCGUGUAAUCACAAGCCAUGGCUUCCAACUGUGGCCACAGUGACAAUGGGCUUCUCCACGGAACCAGGACUCGUUCCUACGGCAGUUUAGUCCAGACUCCUUAUUCUCCAGCCCUGAUCCACAAAUUGGUACAUGAGGUCCAGCCUGGGGACACCCUGCAAGGUCUGGCGCUGAGAUACGACGUGACGAUGGAGCAAAUCAAGCGAGCUAACCGGCUGUAUACAAACGACUCCAUAUUCCUCAAGAAAUCCCUUUGCAUCCCGGUGUUGGCCAACCAAUCGAAUCUCUCCGAUGACCAGAAUUCUCAAGAGGCUUCAGAGGCUGAAGGGUCUCCCGUGAAGCAGCAGCCAGUGAAAAUAGAGAAGCAGAAGAGCCGGCACCAUUCUGUCCAAAAGGAUGAGAUGUCGCCUGUGGACUUCAUGAGCAGGUUGGACACCAACAUCCGUGUGUCCAAGAGAGCGGCAGUGAAGAAACUCCGGGAAGGAGAGUCCCUCACCGCAGAAGACUCCACGCCAGGCGGAUCAUCCGGAUAUCAGACGCCCAACCGCACCCUCUCCAGCCAGGACUCCCCGCAGACUCAGCAGCGCUCUCUCCUGGGACCCGUACCCUUAACCAUCACCACGCGGGUGUCCACCAUCAGAGAUCACGAAGACGAGAUAUUUAAACUCUGACCCCGCCCUCAGCGUAGAAUUUUAUGUUUCAUUUUAAAUUAUUUUUUUUAUUUUUAAUGAGGCAAAAAGUUUACAGGAAUUUUUUUAGGUGAAAAUGCUGUAAAAUGUGCAAAGAGUGGUACUACUGAGAGACUUCACACAAGCGCCCGAGCCCCCAGGCGGGUCGUUACCGUUCAGGGAGUGCGACAUUUUAUAAAUAUAUAUAUAUCUUUGUGUGUGUGCGAGAAAACGGAAGAGAAAGCUGUUUAAUUAUUUGUUAUGAAACUCCGAGACGCCAGAUUUAUUACUAGAAUUAGUCGCUGGUUUGUAUUGCCUUCUGCCAACCAAUCGGAUGAGUUGACCGCUACAAGAGCGUGAGUUCCCUUUAAUGGAGACGGCACUAUGCGGGUCCCCUUUAUCCGAGUUAUUAAAGGGGCGCUAUUUGUUACA